ACAAAUAAGAUAUAUUUCCUAUUUGCUGACAACGCGUCAUCGCGUAUUGGUAAUGUAAAUAUAGGCUAAAAUCCUAUCAGUGAUUCGCCCUAGAUGGAUUAAAUGGAUAAAGAUGAUCCCGUUACUACUACGGCUUUUCAAUAGUAUUAUUAUAACCCUGAUUAAUCUUACUAUCACGCUAUACACCAUUAACAGAUUUUUCCAUACGAUGCGAGCGCAUUACAAGAUGAUGGCAGAAGUGGCAGAGUUCAAUGACAUUGUACGCCAAUCUCGUUCGAGCCUUGAAUACAUAAGCUCCAAUGUGUCAGAAGCGAUGAAGGAGAUUGAGGACGAUAUCGGCAAGGAACUCGAGAUCACUCGCAACCUUACGAAAUUGAACUCCAAGAUGUCCCUGAUGCUCGGUAGAUUCAAUACCCUGGAGGAAGAAGUAAUAGAGCUGGUGCGCAUGGAUUGUAAUAUGGAAAGCGUGAAAAUCGAGACUCCUAUCGACAUCAACGAAGAGGUGCAGAAAGUCCUGGCCUCUAAAAAAACUCUUGAACCUCCUACGACACCGAAGAAACUACGAAUUUCUACAACCACCUUUCUAGGCACUAGAGAGGCACUACAGCAAAAUCCUAUCUCGAAAUUCUCAGCACCUCAGACGUCGGUUCAACUGAUUGCAGCCAAUGAUAAUUCAACUGGAUCAAAUGUCAUACCUAAUUAAUCAGCUCCUCAAGACAUAGUAGACCCUUGGGACGUUAUAUGAAAUUCUGAAUAAAGGAUGUCUCUUUAAUUAGGCUGUCAUCCUAUGGGAAUUAUAGUGAGACAAGAUAUACGUCUGGGCUAUGGGGAAAUACAAGACAAAGUCAGGCAUUCUCGUAUUCAGUACUGUCACGAUGGUGCUACAGCAUAAUACAGGUAUCGCAUUACCAGGUAAACAAGUCAGAAACUAAUUGGAAUGUUAAGGGUGAAUGAAUAGCGUUAGAAGUAUCAUAGAUAGUUCUAAUCAGUAUCCGGUAUCUCUUAUUUCCGAGAAUCAAUCCUGUGCAGCAAAUAUUGCGGUAGGUUGGUCUACCCGGUAUAGUUCAGAGUCGCUAUUAAAAAAAGCCUCUACGGAGAGAAACGUUAACUCGUGUGCACGUAUUCUCAACGUCCACCAUAGGAACGGCUGAAUCGCGUGGUAAAUAAUUAUCGGAAGACACAUCAAAGCACCAUUAUCGACAAUUACGGUAGCUGCCGGACGCGCAUGCGUCUUUUAUGAAAUUUCUCUGAAAACAGAUAUAUAGACACAUCUGCUGCACUUCAUAUACCGUGCACGACUAC